UCCAGUGUCGGCGGCGUUGGCUUCUGCCUACAGAAUCCAACAUGGAGUAACCAGAGAUGGGGCUCGUACGGGGCCAUCCUCACCGACAUCAACGCACGAUUUCAAUUACCGCAUUUCAGCAUGGGGCGCGACGGGAUUAAAUCGGUGGAGGUAUUCCAAAGGGAUUUACACUCUCGUAUAUGUGCUCGAAUAAUUGUAGUGAAGCGCUGAGAGACGAAAAAGAGAAGCGAGAAAGAACGCAAACAAACAGAAAAAACAGUCAGAAAACUAGGCAGCUACCGUGUGUGAUCGAGGUGUUGGACGAAGAGGGCAAGACAAAAAUGAAGACACCGCACUAUGUACCCUCGGUGGGAUAUUAUUGUAGGUGAAACGAAAAAAUGACCGAGGAAACACACCCAGACGAUGACAGCUACAUUGUGCGCGUCAAAGCGGUGGUCAUGACCCGGGACGACUCAAGUGGCGGCUGGCUGGCCCAGGACGGUGGAUGCCUCAGCCGUGUGGGCGUGUGCAAGGUGCUGUCGGCCGAGCUGCUGGGCCGAAGCAGCUUCCUCAUCCACGGCGAGCGUCUCAAAGACAAACAGGUGAUUCUGGAAUGCUUCCUGAAGAAGGAUCUAGUGUACACCAAGGCCACGCCCACAUUUCACCACUGGAAAGUGGACAACAAGAAGUGUGGCUUGACGUUCCAGAGCCCUGCCGAUGCGCGCGCCUUCGACCGUGGGGUCAGGAAAGCCAUGGAGGACCUGACGGAAGGUACGGGAGGGGAAGGCGAAGACUAUGAGGGCUGUAUCGCAAUGCUCUUGAAUGGAUCUACCACCUCUUCUUCGACCAUCCAGAACGAGGCAGAGUUGGGUGACGACGAUGUUUUCACCAAUGCCACCGACAGCUCGUCCAACUCCUCCCACUCCCAGAAGAAGGAGCCCGCGCCCCUGCAGCUGCAGACCCUGGCUCCGCCCAGCUUCUGCGAGCCGCGCCUGCACCACUGCAUCCUGGGCCACUUCUACGACCAGCACCGACCCUCGGACCACUACUUCCUGGAUCAGGUGGGUGGCUGGGGGACGACGGUGGUGAAGUCGGUUCCCAUGUUCCCACGCCACGUCAGCUUCCAGGUGGAGGAGGAGGAGAUCGUGCGAAUCAACCCUCGCGAGCGGACCUGGCUGACUGGGUACGAGGACUACCGGCACGCCACCGCAACGCGCGACAAGCUCAUCCAGCAUCCCGAGGACACCGACGCAUACGUGCACUUCGCCAAGAGCGAGCCGCCCAAGCACGACUACACCUACCCUUACCCCCUGGGCCUUGAUCCCCACCAGCACGCAAGGGACCCCAAGAUAGGCUGCAUGGAACGACUAGGUGGGGGCGGCCUUAGCGGCGGACACAGGGCGGUGGUCACAGCCCAGCCCCGCACCCUCCAGCUCAAGGGCAAGCGGCGGAAGGAAGACGGCGAGCGCUCGCGCUGCGUCUACUGCCGGGACAUGUUCAACCACGAGGAGAACAGGCGUGGGCGCUGCCAGGAGGCGCCGGACCCCAUCCAGACGUGCAUCCACCGGGUCAGCUUCAUGUGGUGCGCGGACAGCCUUCUCUACCACUGCAUGUCGGACCCGGAGGGCGACUACUCGGACCCGUGCUCGUGUGACACCAGCGACGAGCGCUUCUGCCUGCGCUGGCUUGCCCUGGUUGGGCUGUCGCUGCUGGCCCCCUGCAUGUGCUGCUACGCCCCCCUGCGCGCCUGCUACCGCUGCGGGGUGGCCUGCCACUGCUGCGGGGGCAAGCACAAAGCCGUGGGCUGAGGGCCCGGAGGUGCCAGCAGAGAGAAAGAGAGAGGGCAGAGUGGAGAGUAGAACAGAGACUCAUGGAAGGGACCGGAAGAGGGUGGCCCGCUAUUCUUUUGUUUUGUGUUUUUUGUUUUCGUUGUUGUUGUGUCUCUCGGCCAAAUUCCAGAUGGGAAAACAAUUGGCUUGUCCUGAUUCUUUUCAAAAUUGAAGUUUCUCUCGGUGGAAAGAAAGGAAAAAAAAUAGUUUCCUAUUGUUUUUUUUAGUUGUUUUUUUAUAGGGGUACCCUGCCUACGGCUUCAACGUCUUGCAUUACAAAGACUAAAACAAUGAAUAUUCAUUUAUAUAUAAAUAUAUAUAAACAGGUACUUUAUAUUUUUACACUCGUGUUGUAAAGGCUUGAAUAUUUUUCUUUUUCUCAGUGUUUUGUGAGGUCAGUGUGAGCUUUGUUUUCUGAGGGGGGUUCUCACUUUGUGUUCCCCUCGCCAUGGCUCACCACCAAUCACAGAUCAAGCUGGUUCCCGCCUGUAAAGCAGAGGCACUUAAAUCAAGGAUGUGUCCUAAAUGGCACCUUAUUCCUUAUAAAGUGCACUACUUUUGACCAGAGGCCAAUGGGCCCUAGUCAAAUGUAGUGCAAUAUAUAGGUAAUAGUGCCAUGUGGGAUGCAGCCCAACUGUGAUCACAUCUGCCCCUCCACAGCCAAUGAAACAAAAGAAAAGGUAAACGUUUAACCAGUGUCCUCAUUCUGCUCAUUGACUACUCCUGACCUAGCCUGGUCCCAGAUCUGUGCUGUCUUGUCAACUCCUAUGGUUGUCAAUGGCUAUAGGAGUUGGCUAUACAGCCCAAUUAGACCUGGGGCCAGGCUACCCCUGACUAUAAAGAUUUUUUAAACCAAAUUCAACCUAAUCUCAAUUAAUGUCAGUGGAGACACACCUGGAAAAAAACAUGAAAGUACCAUUCUACUGCUCAGUCAAGUUAGACUGAAUGUAUUGUGGAUUCGGCCCAGAACAAACGAUAAAAUGGGUCAGGGGUACUUGAGGAUUGGAUGGGGAAACACUGCUUUAGACACUUAAUCUGUAGGGUUGUGUGUGUGUGUGAGAGAGAGAGAGACUUCCUAUGUGCAAAGGUCUGUAAAAUGGAAUGGGCAACAAUGUAUCCCUGAUUGCUAUUGUUGUGACUUCAACUAAAAGCCAAAAUGACAAAAUAAGCUGCAGCAUUUAUAUAGAGUAUAUAAAUUAGUCAUAAAAAAAAAGAAGAAAUUAUACCCUCAAUCAACCGUUUAUUACAGUGGAAGAGGAGAACUCAAGCCUUAGGUGAAUUUUUUAUUCAGUUGAUGCUGAUGUUUGACAUGUUUGAUGAUAAUCUUUUGAUAUAGUUUUUAUUUAUUUGCCUUGCUAAAUUUAGACACCAGCCUAAGGGACUGGGGGGUUAAGAGGAAGGGAACGGUCCCAUAGUAAACUAAACACAGCCAAGAGGAGGGGUUUUUGUUACCUUUUGAGAUGGAUGAUGUCGUUGUCCACUCUACAGUGUCAAUGGUGCUUUCUUUUUGCGUGUCUUUUCUUUUGUCUUUCAAAAGGAUACUCAACGAGGCUAACUGUCAGGGAAUCGCGAUCUGUAGAGUUUUGCUCAACUUUAGCUCGAGAGAAAGACACAGUUUUGAUCUGGUUGCUCAUCUAUCCCCACUCCCUUCAAAGGUAUAAGAUUGUGGGUUCUCCAACGAAGGGACCUGCAAGCACACCUGAUUCAACUAAUCACCUAAUCGUGGUCUUCAGUCUGUAUCAUUAUUAGCUGAUACGGGUGCGUUUACUGCAAGGCUGGAACGAAAGGCUGCACACCCAGUAGCUCACCAAGACCAGAGUUGGAGACGAGUGAAGAAAAUAUGUUCUUCUGUAGUCCAAUAACUCCCACUUCCUGGUAUUUUACUCAGUAUUACAUUACAGCCAAUGGCAAGGGAGGAGGCUGAUGUCUGUCAGCCAAUCACAUCAGUCAGGCAGGUGGUGUCAAAAUGUAUACAAAAAUAAAAUGGACGCUACAGCAUGCAUAUACUUGAACAUGUAUGUGUGUAUGUCUUGAAACAAAAACUAGCCUCAAAUUGAAACCACCCAGUAACCUCACCUCGUGGGAGGAACAUUAAGGUUUGAUCUUUCUCUGUAUGAAGCACAACACUAAUCAGAAAAACCUCAUGAACAAUAUGCGCAAAUUGCUGUGAAGUGUCCGAUCUCGGGUCGCGUCAACGUGGUAGAAAAUACAUCUAAUGCUGUCUAUCCCAGUCAUACAUUAACUAAUCGUCAUAACCAUUCAAGUACCAAGCAAUGUCUGGGGUUAAAUGGGUGACGGUACCAUGGCGUUGCGGGUUCUGUACAAAAGCUCUCGUUGUGUCCAUGUCUUUCUCUUUACUCUCUCUCUCUGCCUUUCUUCCUUCCUGUUUUCUACCUUGUUCUUGUUUGUCAGCUUUGCAAUACUGUUGCCAUUCAUUGUAGAGAAGAUCCAAGUUUUAUUUUUCUAUCUGUGGUAAAAGAAAAGUUAACCAAAAGCAGUUUGUCUGUUUGGUGCAGUGUCUAAUUCCUGCACACAUUUAACUAUUAAAGGAAAGUGCCUGAAGCAUCCUCUUCAUCUAUCUCCUCAUAUAUACUUAGUAUUUUUUUUAUGUUUAGAAAAACAGUUCAAUCGAUUGUUUUGUUUUGUCUGUUAUUUUACAAUACGCAUUUUUACCUCUGUAAAACAAAAAAGCUACAAUAUAUAUAUCAAGUGUAUGAUGUACAUUUUAAGUUCUAUUUUUGUAUUGUUUCUAAUAUGAUCGACACGACUCUUUGCUUUUAAAAAGAAAACAUGAGAAAAGAGAUUAACAUCUGUAUAAAUGCCAAUACAUCAUAUGGAAACUACCAGAA